AUGAGUCCAUUUGUGCUAGCUGUGGUGAGCAUUGCAUUUCUCAACUUGCAGUUCCUGCAAGCUCCUGGAAGCGAACUGCUUCUGAGCUGUGGCUCGAACGGCACUGUUGAUGCUGAUGGGCGGAGAUGGAUCGGGGACAUGACCCCUGAGGGGAAUUUUACCUUGAGCAGUCCUGGGCUUGCUGCAUCACUGGUCGGAAAGAGCAAUUCCGAUGAGAUAUUCGGACCGCUUUACAGUUCUGCCCGUUUCUUUGAUGCGGCAACUUGGUAUACCAUUAGUGUGCUGCCAGGAAGUUACUGUGUCAGAUUGCAUUUCUUCCCUUGGAUUUUCAGUGCAAACAAUUCUGUGUUUGAUGUCACAGCAAAUGAUUUCAAGCUUGUUUCAAAAUUCAAUGUGUCAGAGGAGAUUGCCUGGAGAGCCUCUGCGAGCAAUUCAGUUAUCAGUGCAGUUGUCAAGGAGUACUUUCUUGUAGUUGGUGCUCGUGGCCUGAAUAUUGAGUUUAAUCCAAGACCUGGGUCAUUUGCCUUUGUGAAUGCAAUUGAGGUCAUGCUGACCCCAGAUAAUUUGUUCAAUGAUACAGUGAGCAAAGUUGGCAGUGCAGGCAUGCAGCUUCCUCUUGGCUUGAGCGGCAGAGGUGUUGAGACAAUGUACCGCCUGAACAUUGGAGGUCCUGCAAUUAAAUCAGCCAGUGAUCAGUAUCUCCAUAGGCCAUGGUAUACUGAUAAAGCAUUCAUGUUCUCUACAAAUGCUGCUCAGAUCGUGUCUAAUGUUUCAAGCAUAAUGUAUGUAUCAAGCAACGACUCGUCAAUUGCGCCGAUUGAUGUUUACGAGACUGCAAGAAUCAUGAGCAAUAACAUGGUUGUGGACAAGCGGUUCAACGUGUCAUGGCGAUUCUAUGUCCACCCAAACUUUGAUUACUUAGUCCGCCUUCAUUUCUGUGAGCUUGUCUAUGACAAGCCCAGCCAGAGGAUCUUCAAGAUCUAUAUCAAUAACAAGACUGCUACUGAGAACUAUGAUGUAUAUGCUAGGGCUGGGGGAAUUAAUAAAGCAUAUCAUGAGGACUUCUUUGACAACUCAACACAGCAUGCAGACUCACUUUGGCUUCAGUUAGGCCCUGAUUCCAUGACCAGUGCUUCAGGUACUGAUGCACUUCUGAAUGGUUUGGAGAUAUUCAAGCUCAGCAAGGAUUCUGACCUUUCUUAUGUGCUUGGCCAUAUUGACACGGGCAACCAAAGGGGUUCGUCAAAAGGGGGAAAGAAUAAGGGUCUAUGGGAAGAAGUUGGUAUUGGCUCAGCAUCUUUAGUUACAGUUACAAGUGUUGUUCUAUUCUCAUGGUGUUAUAUCAGAAAGAAACGAAAAGCUGUCAAGAAGGAGGCAAGCACUACAGAUGCCCGUGCAACCAAUUUUGGGCUGUCAAAAACUGGGCCGACGCUUGACCAGACCCAUGUUAGUACUGCAGUCAGGGGAAGCUUUGGAUACCUAGAUCCUGAGUACUUCCGGAGGCAGCAACUCACACAAAAAUCCGAUGUGUAUUCUUUUGGAGUGGUGCUCUUUGAAGUAGCGUGUGCAAGGCCUGUGAUAGAUCCCACAUUGCCAAAGGAUCAAAUAAACUUGGCAGAGUGGGCAAUGAGAUGGCAGCGCCAGCGUUCGCUGGAAGCAAUCAUGGAUCCUCGUCUGGAUGGUGACUUCUCAUUAGAAUCCCUGAAGAAGUUUGGUGAGAUUGCAGAGAAAUGUCUCGCUGGUGAUGGGAGAAGCAGGCCAUCAAUGGGUGAGGUCCUGUGGCACCUUGAGUAUGUGCUGCAGCUCCAUGAAGCUUACAAGCGAAAUGUAGAGUCUGAAUCAUUUGGAAGCGGUGAAUUGGGAUUUGCUGAUAUAUCCUUUAGCCUUCCUCACAUCAGAGAGGGGGAAGAGGAACGCCACUCCAAGCCAUCAAGUAUCAGAGAGGAACUAGACACAUGA